AUGGGCACCUCCGAGGCCGCACCGCCGCCGUUCGCGCGCGUCGCCCCCGCGCUCUUCAUCGGGAAUGCACGAGCCGCGGGUGCGACGGAGCUGCUGGUGCGCGCAGGCAUCACUCUGUGUGUCAACGUCUCCCGCCAGCAGCCCGGGCCGCGCGCACCCGGAGUGGCCGAGCUGCGCGUACCCGUGUUCGACGACCCAGCUGAGGACCUCCUGACGCACCUGGAGCCCACCUGUGCCGCCAUGGAGGCUGCGGUGCGCGACGGUGGCUCCUGCCUCGUGUACUGCAAGAACGGCCGCAGCCGCUCAGCGGCCGUCUGCACCGCCUACCUCAUGCGGUACCGCGGCCUCCGCCUGGAGCGCGCCUUCCAGUUGGUGAAGAGCGCCCGCCCGGAAGCCGAGCCCAACUUGGGUUUCUGGGCUCAGCUGCAGAAGUAUGAACAGACCCUCCAGGCCCAGGCCCUCCUGCCCGGGGAAUCCGCUGAUCCCGAGUAAGCCGCACCGUUCAGCUGCUGGUUAGCCAAGAGUCUACGCUGAAAGAGGAUUUCUUCCUUCCUUUUCCACUAGGCUGCUGGCCUCGGGUGUUGCCCCCUCUUGAUAGUAAUACAGAAAUGUGUUCUGAA